CAAACAACAAAGAUCGGAUAUAUGCAUCUAAGAAAAAUCCCUGUGUCCGCAUUUUCGUACAUGUCUUAAUGAUAGUUGGUUUGGUGUUUUAUUAAACAGCACGUUAUUUUGUAUAGUUCAAUGAAAAUUUAAGUACGGGAAGCGGCAUAUUCAAGUGCAGUGCGUUGCAUGUAUUUGUCUGCGAAUUUCCUUAAAAUACAUGACGUCAGGGGAGGAUAUCGGCCUUCACCUAAAUAACUGUUGAAAGAAGAAAAAUAGACUUUUCCUUACCUCUAUGCUUUCGUCCACUUCCUCUUUAUUACUCCUUGGUUGCUUGGGUCUUAAUAAAAUCUAGGGUUUUCACGUUUCUAUGUCUGAUUACAAUAAGUUGAAACUCAGGGACAAAACCAUUAACGUUUGGUAUUGCUAGCGAUAUCUAGUUGUCUUGUGGUUUAUAUUUUUUAAAAGUAGAAAUGAUCUCCACGAAGCAUAUCAAAGUUUUCGACUUUUGUCGCUAAUCCUGGAAUUCUCCACUGGUUUUCGAGAACUUCGUGGGCUUGCUCUUUCGCAAUCUUAAUACGAACUUUAGUAGCGCCUUUUAGAGGUUUGACACAACACAGCUAACUGAGAUUUAGUUACAUGCUGUCUUGUGUGCCAUCUGUUGUGGUCGAAACAACAUUCCAUGAGUCUUUCGAGAGAAGAGUUUGAUAUAUUUCUAAUGACUUAUUGAUGUUUCGUUAUAAUCUGCAAAUCUUUUCUGACAUUUAAAUGUACUCCAGUUCGAUGGUGAUCCACUACUGCUAGAUACGCAAGUCAGUUAAGCAUAAGCUUCUAUUUCGUCCACAACCAUUUGAGCAGUAGUUAAACCUGAGAGAGUGGGAACAAGGUUUCACUUUGAAAAGCAGAGUCGAUAAAUUGAUUAAAAUAAAAGGCGCUGCUUCGUGUUACAGUUUGACCCCUACUCAAUGGUUAAGCUUUCGGAUAGGGUGACAUCCCCGAUGUCUAUACUCUAAGUCCCGAUACCUCCAAUCAAUGUUCGAACAUUUCUAUAGAGCUACAACUGUAACCAGUAUGGACCAAAUUUAGUAAAUUAUAUAAGGAAAUUCAUACUGUAGUAGUUACUUACCCUAGGUUUAUGUAUUCGGAGUCAAUUGUUCUUAAUUUGCCUUGGCGAAACUGUGAUGAAUAAUGUAACGCAUGAUCACCAAGGCAUUGUAUUUGAUUUGUAACAAUAUGAGUUACGAAAAUGCGGCACCAACCACGUCAUUUACUUGUUUGAAGGAAUGUUUUUGUAAUGGAGCACUAGUAUAUAUAUACGCCAUACAAUAAAAACAGCACAAAAAUAUAUAAAAACUUGGGAGUGUGAGUAAGAAAAGAUAGGAGAACCAGUUCACACAAAAAUAUCCGGAGGGAUUCUUCGAGUUUGAGUCCCCAUUUAUACGAAGAUAGUCAAAAAACUGUAUCAUGGAUUCCAUCGGCUUCUAUUAUAAGUCGCGUCUAAUAACAUCUUAAGCCAUUACGUAGUUGUCAAGGCACGAUGGAUGCCAGUUUUGCGCAGCUUUCAUGCCACAACAUCAUGUCAUACGUUGAUCACUUUUGCGCUUUUUCAAUCAGUUUGUGUCGGCAAAUAAUAACGAUGUGGAGUGUGUCACGAUCGUGAAACCACUCGAAUCCUUGUAAUUGUGCCUGAACACACGUCAAACCUACCCAUUACUAGCGGCGUUGCCAUUCAGCGUCAGCAAUCGUUUUGGGACAGCAGUGAUCAAACACAGAGUCGCUUAACAUCCUCAACUCGGAGAGGUCAACUAUAUAACUUACAUAAAUAUUGGCCACUUUCUACUGUACACCAUCAUUUCAUCUCUUCUCUAUGCUAUUAUUGAAUGUAACAACUACGAUGCAUUUUUCGUUUUGAUAUGUUGGAUUGUUGUCGAAAAACACGACAAAGUAUUUUCUCAACAUCCAUGGUACUGCGGUUUUAUAAGCGUGUUCACUAAUGGCUUAAAUGUGGGUAUUCGAUGGAGAUUUGUAAUAAAUUUAAAUUCUUUCAUUCCCUGAUCAUUUUUGUACACCAUUGAUAAGGACCAAUUAAUAUUCGAAUAUUGUUAUAAGAACUUACUAAGCGAUUAGUUCACGCAGCUCUAAUAAAAACCACCUAAGUGAAGCAUACGGUAAAGGCCUUGGAACUUUUUAUACUGUAUAAAUGUCACAUUUUUAAUAAAUUCCUUCAAGAUAUGAUUUCCACUAAUUGUGACUUUCAAGUAUCUAUAUAUAAUCACUUUUUUUUCUUGUCCAUGAUAGAAUUUUAUUUUCGGCCUCAAUUCUAGAUGGUGAUGACUUCGGUUUGUCAAAUAUAAAUAUAAUUUGGAAGUGUCGAGAUGGAUGAUGAAGUUGACUACAUGUCUGAUGCCAUUUUGAAUGAAAUAGAAGAUGUAAAACCGGGAUUAUUUAUAUCACGAGAUGUCCAACGACAGCGUACAGUGGAGGCGAAUCGACGGAAAAACAAAUGUCUUUCCAAGUCGGAAAGGGAAAUCCAUCACCUCAAGGAAGGUUUAAAGAAAAAGGUUGGGCCUGAAAAUAAAGGUUUCAGUCUACUUUCAAAAAUGGGAUACGUUCCGGGUAAAGGUUUGGGAAAAAAUGGUAUGUAACAUACAACAGUUUCACACUCCCUUGUUUUCAUAACUUGAAAUUACUUGGAUCAUCGCAGUAACACAUUUUGCGCUAAGUUAUAACGUGAGAUAUUACUGAAAAUUUCUAGUCAAUCAGUCGUAAGCAAGUAACAACGAGUGGUAAUGUCCUGAUAAAAUUAACUUAUGAAAGUUUUGCUAAAGAUACUUUGUCUUACAGAGUAUGGAAUAUAGGAUUUUGGUAGACCAGACCACAAGCACCCAUGUGCGAUGAAUUGGCUUUUGGCAGUAAAGUUUUUGUCAAAAAAUAACAAAUUCAAAAGUAUCUACUUUGUUUCUGAUAAAUAUCUUCAAAACUACGUAGUCAGCCGUAAACAAGAGCGAUUCAUAAUCAUAAAAGUGGUUCAUUUUAUUUUUAUGGAAUACUAAUUACAUUUCAUUAUACCCUCUAAAUCGCUUCCUCCACUUUCAUCCAAAACAAUACUUUUGUCAUAGGGAAUUAAUAAAUAUCGAAUCUUAUUUUUUAUAUUCUUUAUGUACGUAUCAGUGUAAAUUAAAAGGUAAUUUUAAAUAAACGGGUAGAAAUGUAGAAACGUGAUAGCACAAAUCUAUAUCUUUGAGUUUGAAGGAUGUACAAUGCUACGUGCAAAUAAAACUAGUUCACGGGAUUAUACAAAUUCAUUAAGCCUUAUUCGCUUACACAUUUAGUUUUUUUGACCAUUAAAGAUUAAUUUUUGAAUAUCUUGUUACUGUAUUCAACAAUGCAGGAACUAAGCUAAUGGGAAAGUAAAUGGUGCUUUACGUCUACAAGUAGAAACAUCUUUUUCACUCUCUGUUCCUAUACAUUUUUGUAAAUUUUAGCUACUGGGAUAGCUGAUCCUGUUUCUAUUGAAAUCCCUCAGGGUCGUGAAGGCCUCGGUUUCGCGUCUGAAAAAAACGAACGUAUGAUAUUUAGGGAAAACCUCAAACAAAAAAUACAAAUAGCUUACAAAGAUGAAUUCCGAAGCACUAUGGCCGUGAGAUUUCGACAGAACCGUUUGAACCGACAACUGGAUGUUGCCCGUCGGAUAUGUCAAGAUCUGGAUUUAAAAGAACUUAUUGAAACUCCAGUUCACGAAUCAUUCUGGCCACCUAUUGAUCUUGUUCCAACUGAGGUCGCUGAUAAUGGUAAAUAUGGAUCAGUCACUUCGAAUGGUUUUAAGUCUGUUAAAGACAGAAUUCCUGUAAGUAAUGUAUUGCCUCAGGAAGAUUAUGUGAACGAAGAUUUUGCAGAUAAUGAUUUAGCCAAACUGGACUCGAAACAUGCGAAUUGUGACUACACUUCUGUCCAAAGAAAUUUCAUACAACUUUUGAAUUAUUUACGAAGUCGACAUAAUUAUUGCUUUUGGUGUAGCCUGCAGUACCAAAAUCAAUCUGAACUUUUAGAACAAUGCCCUGGAGAGGAUGAAGACCAACACGAUUAAUCCAUUUUACCUAAGAUAUUAUGUACAGACAAUUAAUUAUUGCAUAUAUUCUAUUAUACUUUGAGUUGUUGAUUCACAGCUUCACUUAUGUUUUAACAUAGGUUUGUUAUGAAUAUUAAAUGUACGUAAAACUGGUACAUAUGAAGAAAACUAGAUUCACAAACUUAUAUUCGUUAAAUAAGUUAGUUCAUAGUUUAAUUAUUUUCUUUGGUGAUCUGCCCACAGUAUACUUUCUUUAAGUAGUUGCAGUUUUUCUCCCUCGCGACUGUCAGUGUCAUUUUCCUUUAUUUCUAAGAAAAAUAUUUUGGUACAGCACAGGUUCAUAAAAAUACCCUGAACAGAAUGUAAAUUGUUGUGAAGUGAAAAAGCAAAUCGUCGUAUAACAAAUAAAUAAAUAUGAAAAACAAUUGUUAUGUUUAAAAACUGCGAUUCCAUCUUUUACGCGACGUUCCACAAAAGCUACAAAGAGACCGAUAUUAGCUUUUAUUUUACUCCACGUCUGAAGGUGUAUUAAUUUGCUAACUCCUAUAUUCUGUAAGAUUCUGAAUCACUGGGUCUUGAUGACCAGCUACAAUCCAGUCAUCUAUAGCUGUCAUAAAAUUGUCAACUCUCUACGUUUUCCACUUAGUCCAGGGCUAGCAAAUAAUGCGCGACGUAAAAGCAUCUAGGACCGCAUCCAUAAAACAUGCCCAAUAUACAAAACAAGUGAACCUAGAUUGACACACUGAUUACGUUAUCGUUACUGAGCUUCAAACAAAAAUAUGCUUUUUUAGGUUUCAAAGCAGUUACGUGUUUGAGAGCCUUUCCUGAGUGUUUUCCGGGUGUUAACUAUGAAGCUUUGUUUAAAACACCUGGCUCCUAACUAAUAAGUCAUGGAUUCUAAAUUUGCCACAUAUAUAAUUUGAUACGUUAACCUCUGUAUGGUAAAUGAGUUACAUGUUGAAUUUCCGAAGGUGAAGUAAUGUGGCAGACUUUAUAUGUGUAGUAAAUCUCAAAUGUUUUGGAAUGUCAGUAGGUAGAUGGACUUUCAGGAUAAUGUGGGAGACCGGGAGAAGCAAUAUAAUAGUUGUGAAAAUAAGGACAUACAACCUGGCGAUUCUCGGAAUCAGUGAAACCUAUGGGACCGAAGCUGGACAGCAAAAAACUAGGUGCGAGAGAGAUGCUUCGUACUCCGGUCACGAAGAGGAAAGUGCUGACACAGAUUUGUUCUAAUGCUGUACAAGGUGUUGCUCAACCAAAUGAAAGACUCAGUAGACACCCAACUUCGAGAUCGACAGGCUGGAUUCCGUACGGAUCAGUCGUGCAGAAACCGAAUCGCAACACUACUGAUCAUCGUUGAACAAUCAAUCGAAUGGAAUCCGUCACUUUACGUCAACUUCAUUGAUUAUAAGAAGGCGUUUGACAGGGUGGACAGGAGAACAUAAUGGAAACGUUUUCGACACUAUGGAGUUCAUGAGAAGAUUGUCAACAUGAUCCGGAAUUCAUACGACGGACUAUAGUGCAAAUUAGUCCAUGGAAGACAGCUGACAGAUACAUUCCAAGUGAAGACCAGAGUCAGACAAGACUGCUUACUCCCUCCCUUUCUGUUUCUUCUGGUGGUUGGCUGGAUUAUGAAGACCUUGUCGUCUGAGAGGGAACACGGAAUACAAUCAGUCAGUUAGUCAGUAACAACGUAAAACUUCGUACGUACGUACAUCAGUUCGAGUCGCCACACCACAUUAGCACAGAGAUGCAGUUGUCGACUCAAAUUCCGUCAUGGUAGAGGUAGUAAUAGUAUAAGCAGUAAUCUGAAACAUUAGAGCUUGAAGAUGUUAUUCACGGAGUAUAAUACAGUGAAAUAAAUUUGGAAAGAGAAGAAAGAAAGGGACAUGAAGAAUUCAGAAGAUUAGAAUUUGGGAGAACACAAAGAGUGGAUGCACCUGCGCCAUCGCAAACGAUUUUCAGCCAUGUCAUACAGGGUCUCUAACCAUCGGUUGGUAUCAUCUCGCGGUCCCCAACCAGGUAGUCUACACCUACCAACAUGACUCAGUCCACUUGUCAGUGACUCAUGAACUUGUGCCAUGUUUUGGUCUGGCCGCCCCUAGCUGUCUUCCAACCUACUCCUAUAUCACUGAACAUCGCACGUCAGUGAGUCAGCUACAACGUAGGACCAGGCACAUAUAUGCAUCGGUCCAGGUUGCCAUACCGCAUCAGCACAAAAAGAUGAACACCGGAUUCAUAGCAGUGGUUAGGUCAAAGGUGGUAAUGUAUAAAAG